CCCCAUCCAGCCUGGACACAUUGAAGGAGCCAUUUUCUAGUUCAUUCAGCAAGACAUGGUGAUGAACCCUGGCUCUGUGUCUUCAUGACUGAAGAACCCUUUUGCACAACACGAAGCACUCCAGAAGAGUGACUGAAAUGUGCGGCUCGGGGUGUCGUUCCUGAAGGGGGGAGUCUUUCUCUUGGAGAAGAGUCCUCAAUGAGCCUGGCCGAGGCCCCGGAUCUGUGUGAAGUGGACUAAGGAUUAAGUAGGAUGUCAACUGAGACAGAACUUCAAGUAGCUGUGAAAACCAGCGCCAAGAAAGACUCCAGAAAGAAAGGUCAGGAUCGCAGUGAAGCCACUUUGAUAAAGAGGUUUAAAGGUGAAGGGGUCCGGUACAAAGCCAAACUUAUCGGGAUCGAUGAAGUUUCUGCAGCUCGGGGAGACAAGUUAUGUCAAGACUCCAUGAUGAAACUCAAGGGCGUUGUUGCUGGCGCUCGUUCCAAAGGGGAACACAAACAGAAAAUCUUUUUAACCAUCUCCUUUGGAGGAAUCAAAAUCUUUGAUGAGAAGACAGGGGCUCUCCAGCAUCAUCAUGCUGUGCACGAAAUCUCCUACAUUGCAAAGGACAUCACAGAUCACCGGGCCUUUGGAUACGUGUGUGGGAAGGAAGGGAAUCACAGAUUUGUGGCCAUAAAAACAGCCCAGGCGGCUGAACCUGUGAUUCUGGACUUGAGAGAUCUCUUUCAACUCAUUUACGAAUUGAAGCAAAGAGAAGAAUUGGAAAAAAAGGCACAAAAGGAUAAGCAGUGUGAACAAGCCGUGUACCAGGUUCCCACCAGCCAAAAGAAGGAAGGUGUUUAUGAUGUGCCAAAAAGUCAACCUGUAAGUAACAGCCAUCCGUUUGAGGAUUUUGAAGAACGGUUUGCUGCAGCCAUCCCGAACAGAAACCUGCCCGUGGACUUGGAUGAGAUUUUUGAGGCAACAAAGGCUGUGACCCAAUUAGAACUUUUUGGGGACAUGUCCACCCCUCCUGAUAUAACCUCUCCCCCCACUCCUGCAACUCCAGGUGAUGCCUUUAUCCCAUCUUCAUCUCAGACACUUCCGGCGAGUGCAGAUGUGUUUGGUUCUGUACCUUUCGGCACUGCUGCUGUACCCUCAGGUUAUGUGGCAAUGGGCGCCGUCCUCCCCUCGUUCUGGGGCCAACAGCCCCUCGUGCAGCAGCAGCUCGCCAUGGGUGCUCAGCCACCAGUCGCUCAGGUGAUGCCGGGGGCUCAGCCCAUCGCAUGGGGCCAGCCGGGUCUCUUUCCUGCAACCCAGCAGCCCUGGCCUGCUGUGGCCGGGCAGUUUCCGCCAGCCGCCUUCAUGCCCACACAAACUGUUAUGCCUUUGCCAGCUGCCAUGUUCCAAGGUCCCCUCACCCCCCUCGCCACCGUCCCAGGCACGAGUGACUCCACCAGGUCAAGUCCACAGACCGACAAGCCCAGGCAGAAAAUGGGGAAGGAAAUGUUCAAGGAUUUCCAGAUGGUCCAGCCUCCGCCCGUGCCCUCCCGCAAACCUGACCAGCCCUCCCUCACCUGUACCUCAGAGGCCUUCUCCAGUUACUUCAACAAAGUCGGGGUGGCGCAGGAUACGGACGACUGUGAUGACUUUGACAUCUCCCAGUUGAAUUUGACCCCCGUGACUUCUACCACACCAUCGACCAACUCACCUCCAACCCCUGCCCCUAGACAGAGCUCUCCAUCCAAAUCCUCUGCAUCCCACGCCAGUGAUCCUACCACCGACGACAUCUUUGAAGAGGGCUUUGAAAGCCCCAGCAAAAGUGAAGAGCAAGAAGCUCCUGAUGGGUCACAGGCCUCAUCCAGCAGCGAUCCAUUUGGGGAACCCAGUGCUGAGCCCAGUGGCGACACUCUAAGUCCACAGGCCGGUAGCUAGAAAGCGUGGGUCUGGGCACGGGAGCAGCUCUAUGGGCAGAUCCACAGACCUGAGAAAUAGCAUUGACGCACGCUCGCGGUGGGUACUUCGAGACUGGCAUGGAAAUCAGCAUCGCAACAUGCUCUCUUGGAUUCUUUCCCCUCGCCUCAUCCCACAAAGGAAUUCACGAUGGCCCACUGGACCUUGUUCAGAAGAGGGAACUCAGCGUUUUGGGCAACCAAUGGCAGAUAUUUGUGGCAGCACAAAAAAAUUAACAAAACCCACAAAAAUAUAAAAAAACACACCCAACAUUAAAUCACAACUCAAGCAAAUGCUUACCUGACAAAGAUUCUGAGCUCUCUUAGCUGGUUUUUGCUGGCUCAGUCUAUGAAAUCCUAAUUCUUUCCUUCUUUCUCUGUUGACCACUGUAGACUGUAGAGACAUCAGAUUUGAAGUGACGGGCAUCAGUGAGCUAUACCUGGGUCAUACUGACUUCUUUUAGUUAAAAACAAGGGGUCCUCUGUGACCAUAAUAUCAUCAUCCAUAUGCCUUCCAACACAGGAUUUUUUUUUUUCAUCUCCGUAGGGCCGGGUCUGCCAUUCCCCCACCCCCACCCCAACUGUUCAUUCUUUAUUACAUUUGAAAAUUAAUGGGUGUACAAAUUUUUGUAUUGCUUUUGACUUUUUUUAAGAUGAGGGUGAAGAAAUCUAACUGGGAAUUAAAACGCCUCAUGUGAAAUGAAUUAACUUGAAAUCACAAGACAAAUAUGUGGUUGAUGAUGCAUUAUGAUCAGGAAUGUGGCCAAAACAGCCCUUUCUCUAUUCCUCAUCCUGAUGAAGAACGAUGGCUUUCAGUUUGAACCUUCAUCCUGGGAAUAGGAAAGGACGCCGAAUCCCAUUUGAUGACCAAGACGAAAAAUGCAUCUGAUUUCCUAAGAAGCUCUGAACUCAUAAGUACAAUAAAAUGAUAUUUUUUAUUUUCCUGAUACCUUGCUGCCAUGAUGCUAUGCAGACAAGUGUCUUCUCCAUGUGCCAUUUUCAAAGAAAAGUCAUUUGCCAAAUACUUCUGGUACAAUUCUGCUAAUGUGGUUUUUGGAUCUUACAAACCAACCUUCUCACGGAACAAUGGUGACGUAACUAUUCAGAAUAACAAACUGACUCUGUGUCAAAAUGGUUCAUCUCUAUCUCUUUUUGUACAUCAGAAAAUUCAAAUGGGAUUUUUAUUUUAUAACUUGAAAAAAAAAAAACCUUACCAUUAAACUCUUGAAAUAUUUAAGGGAAAUGGCUUUAAGGAGUUCUAAUGAAAAAAAUGUCAGUUUUUUUGUAAAUAUAAAUGUUAAUGAAAAUGCUUUUUAAUAAUGCCAUUACACUGUAGAGAAGGUAGCAGACUGAGUGCAAGGUGUGACAAACUUGAUGGAUGGGGCUCACAUUCUGGAUGUUGUUCUGGAGUAUAUGGUAGGAAGCUGGAGUUCAGGGACAGUUUGCAGGCGCUGUUGGCCAAUCAGUAGCUAAGUGAGCAGGCAAGGAGCACGUGACUCCAUAAUCUAGCCUUUCCACGAGAGUACCACUCUAUGUGUGAAACAAGAAAAAGACAAUUCACACUUUGAAGGCCUGACCUUCAGAAUCUCAAACUCUCUCACUUCUUCACUCCCACCUACCCCCAUAUAAAUCACUGGACUGUUUGGACAUGAAACAGAAGAGUUUAAGCCUCCUUUUUUUACAUUUAUGAGACAAACAAGUGCAGUGUUUGGUUUGUGUGUUUAGCACAUGAUUUUCAUAAAGAAUCUAUAUAUUUUUGCCCUACAGAUAAUUGUUAUACAGGUCAAAUGUGUUUUCCUGAUGUUCCUAUGCAGUUGCAGUAUGUUGAAUUUAGUGGUUUAACACUAAGAAGAAAAUUUUGAAGAAUUGUGAUUAAUUGGAUCUGGGGAAGGGGAGUAAUUAUUGCUUGGUUUUAAAAUUUGAGAAGUAGCAUUUACAUUGAUAUGAUUGAUUUAAAUGGGCCUGUAUGUUUUGUUUCUCAUAUCAAUAGACACUAGAGUGAUUCGGAAGACUGACUUUAAAAUGAUGGUACACUUGAACAGAAAGAGAAAAGUGAUCCUUCAAGGUGAUUGUUAGCAUUUCGUGCCCACGUUUCUACAACCAGGCCACUAGAAUCCAGUUUUUUUCCAGUUAGAUCAACUGACCAAAUGGCCAUUAGAGAAUAUGUGUAAAUGUCCUCCUGAUGGGAAAGGUCCCAAGAACCAGAAAAGCCGGAAGGGCUACUUACUGCCCUCUGUGGCUACCACCAGUAAUGACUGCAGGAAUGUGUGUGCAUUCGGUGAUUGGGUCACCCUUUCACAGGAAGGGGGAAAUGGGAAAGGCAUGAUAACCAGGAGAGUCUUCCUGAAACAAGUUCAGUUGUGUUUGCUGGGGAUUUGAUAAGAUAGGCAGUUCCCUUGGGGAGAUGGCUGAGAUUGCUGUGUUGUCCAUGAUUCUGAUUCUAUACAGUGGUGCUAUCUUCUCCCUCACUAUGGCUGUCUGAGUUUGUCUUGCAGUAUCACACCAUCAUACCUACUCUUUGGGUUGCUCCUGACACAUUCCGAGCAAACUGUGGCUGAUGUUGCUGUUGCAGGUACUGUUUGGAGGGAACGUCAUAGCAGAAGGUGACAGUUCAGUGGACUUGGCAUCAUUCACUGGGCACGAUUGAAAACCCAACUGGCUCUGAACUCAAAGACAAUGCCCACAUGAUCCACUAAAGUGAGAGAAAUGAAGUCAAGGUUUUAAGCUGCCAUUUGUAUUCUCUUAGGCAGAAUUCUGAUUUUUUUUUCCCAAACGUUGUUUGGUGAGCCCAACACCACCAUAUCCAAUCCCAGGAAUCUGGUGGAACUUCCAAACUAGAGCUGAGGUAUGCAUACCAAAAGAGCAUGGGGAGUCUGCACAGUUCUGGGUAGAUCAGUAGAAAAAUCCAUGUGUACAACUGUUAAUUCCUCAUCCUUCACUGGCACUAAAUUUGUCACUUUAAAUUUUGAAACCAGGGAAACGCCACCUGUCAUUCUGUCCCAUCCCCCAUAGCUCUUCGCUCUCUACAUGCCGCAAGACUUUUUUGAUAGCUCGUCCUCAUCCCAGUGUCCAUUGAAACCCAUCAUGUAAUGUACUGGGCACCUUCUUUUAAAGAAAAAUGUUUACUCUGUGGGUUUGGUUCAUUUCAAUUUCCGCGUUCUGACACAUAUUUUUUUAAUAAAGAUGAGAAAGAGAAAAUGACUUGCAGUACAUUUCUAGACCUACUUUAACUUUACCUCAGAUGACAGUUUGUUAACAUAUAUGGACACAUUAUUUUUAACUUUAUGUACAACACAUUCAACAGAACAGCAAAAUUUUUAGAAAUUUUCCAUUAAU